CUCUCACAUACGCAUUUUCUUGUAAUUGUCACCAAUCCACAACCAAUUUUCUCAACUCCAACCGAUUAAUAAUAACGCUCUGACACUCCAUGAAUCUAUCAACUACGUAUUAUUUAUGAAUCCUGAAAUUAUUUCCAUUCACAAUUUCCCAGAUUUUCUCCUUCCUUUAUUGCACCCUACGUCCCUCUGCUAUCAAUUAAGAAAUUUCAAUUCAAUAUUCCAUUUUUCUUUCUCUAUGUGCACAUAUACAUACAAAUCGUAGUCUGAAAUUGGGGGAUUUCAAGGCUAUGGCGAUUGCAGCAGCUGCUGUUAUCGUGCCGUUGGGUGUUUUCUUUUUCCUAUCUGGGCUCAUUGUCAAUUUCAUUCAGGCAGUAUGUUUUGUGCUAAUAAGGCCAUUGUCGAAGAACACUUACAGGAGGAUAAAUAGAGCAGUGGCAGAGCUGUUGUGGCUCGAGCUUGUUUGGCUGGUUGACUGGUGGGCCGGAGUUAAGAUCCAAGUGUACACGGAUUCUGAAACCUUUAAAUUGAUGGGUCAAGAACAUGCACUCGUCAUAUGUAAUCAUAGAAGCGACAUCGAUUGGCUUGUAGGAUGGGUUUUGGCUCAGCGAUCAGGUUGCCUUGGAAGCACUUUAGCUGUUAUGAAAAAAUCAUCAAAGCUCCUUCCAGUCAUAGGAUGGUCCAUGUGGUUUUCAGAGUAUCUUUUUCUUGAAAGAAGCUGGGCAAAAGAUGAAACUUUAAAGUCAGGUCUUCAACGGUUAAGGGAUUACCCUCUGCCCUUUUGGCUGGCACUUUUUGUGGAAGGUACUCGAUUUACUCAAGCAAAGCUUUUGGCUGCUCAACAAUAUGCUACUUCAGCAGGGAUGGCUGUUCCAAGGAAUGUUUUGAUUCCUCGUACAAAGGGUUUUGUGACUGCAGUAAGUCAUAUGCGCACAUUUGUUCCGGCCAUUUAUGAUGUAACUGUUGCUAUCCCCAAAACUUCGCCUGCACCUACCAUGAUAAGACUCUUUAAGGGGCAACCUUCUGUGAUGCAUGUCCACCUCAAGCGACACUUGAUGAAGGAUUUGCCUGAAACAGAUGAUGCCGUUGCUCAGUGGUGUAAGGAUGCCUUUGCGGCCAAGGAUAAGUUAUUGGACAAGCAUGCAGCCGAGGGUUCCUUUGGUGAACAAUUGCAAGACACUGGCCGGCCAGUGAAGUCCCUAUUGGUUGUCGUUUGUUGGGCAAUUCUACUCGUUUUGGGGGCUCUCAAAUUUUUCCAGUGGUCCUCUCUUCUCUCCUCAUGGAAAGGUCUCACUUUUUCAGCAGCAGCAUUGGCAAUUGUCACAAUUCUUAUGCAAAUCUUGAUUCAGUUCUCUCAAUCAGAGCGGUCGACCCCUGCCAAAGUUAUCCCAGCAAAGCCGAAGAACAGGGGAGAGAUUUCAGGGACUCAAGAUAAACGGCAGUAAAAGACUGCAAAAUAUGUGUUGUGUAGCAAGGUGUGUUUAUUCCUUUGUAUUUGUAUUUUUUGCCAUAGAUGACUGCAAAAUAUGUGUUGUCAGUUGUGUAGCAAAGUGUGUUUGUUCCUUUGUAUUUGUAUUUUUUGCCAUAGAUGAUUAUUGUAUGGAAAAACAAACCGCAUGUUAAUCAAUUAAUUAAUUUGGGGUUACAAGAAAAAAAUUGAUUAUUAUUAUUA